UCAGAAAAUGUUGUCUCACUUAUUUUUCGAUGCUAAGUAAGAAUUGAUGUUGUCACAAUUCAACUUUUUUUACGCUACCUCUACAUAUUUUCUUUCAUCCUAAUUUAUUUAUCAUCUCAGGAUGCACCCACUGCAAGACCGUCGUAAAAGAAUGGCAUGGGCUGCUGCUAUAGCGAUAUUAUUGCUGGAGUACUAUCGCUCCAGUUAUAGACGGAUACCACGCAUGACGUCCUCUUUUAUUGGGUACAAAUGGGUGGAUGAGAUGCUUGCUGGACAUCCGAUAAGGUUCAGUAAUAUUUUCAGAAUGACUGCGCCUAUUUUUAUCGAUCUGCUACACGAGUUAAGUCGGAACCACCAUCUACAAGGUUCUUCUAGAACAACAACGAGAGAGGUGUUGGCAAUAACAUUAUAUAUGCUCUCACAGAAUGAAUCAGUUAGAGGAGCUAUGGAGCGAUUUCAACAUUCAUCAGAAACCAUUAGUCGAUACUUUUCCAAAGGUUUACAAGCACUGGUGAGCUUAGCAACACAGAUCAUCAAGCCAACGGAUACAUCGUUCGCAAAUAUUCCUGAACAAAUUGCAAAUGAUUCUCGUUACAUGCCGUAUUUCAAAAUGCCAGACUACCAAGUCACGAGAAGAUCGCGUAUAUUGGUCGGAGUGGUACAACCACACAAAAUGUUAUGGCAGUGUGUGAUUUCAACAUGUGCUUCACAUUUGUAAUGGCGGGGUGGGAAGGAAGUGCGCAUGAUAGUCGCCUUUUCUCCUACGCCACUAGGAAUAGAACACAGUGUUUCCCUCACCCACCUUCAGGU